AUGAAAACUUGGGUAGAGAGAAGAGGUUUAGAGAAAGAGAGGAAAAUGAGAAAAAAUGGGUGCGCAGGAAAUGUAAAAAUAGGUCGAUACGAAAAAAAUAAUUGA